UUGUUGACGGGAGACCUGAAAAUUAUGAUUCAGUUCAUUUAGAAAGUUGAAAUAUUGCACUAUCCACGUAUAUAGAUACUACCAGGCAUUGUGCUAAGAAUAUUACUUAAAUGACAAAUUAUCAAGAAAUAGUUAACUUGAAUGUCGGCGGGACAAAAUUUGCUACAUCCUGGCACACACUGACAUGGGUACCGGACACAUUUUUCACAGCCCUACUCAGCGGGCGCAUACCCACAGUAAGAGAUGAAACCGGUGCUAUAUUUAUAGACCGAGACCCUAACCUGUUUGGACUAAUCUUAAAUUUCCUCCGAACAAGAGACAUAGACCUGAAUAAUGUCAAUAUUAGAACUCUCAGACAUGAAUGUGACUACUUUGGCAUCACUCCCCUUAGCAGGAGACUGGCUCUAUGUGAUGAGAUGAAUCAUUCUUCGUGUGGAGAUGUACUCUUCUACGGAUACCUACCACCACCUUUAAGCACACCACUGGCCAGCAACAGUAGGAAUAGCAAUGGUUGUUCUAGAAAGAACUCCACCGCAUCGAACGCGGAUGCACCUUGUAAUAGGACGCAUUCAAGAAACUCUUCCUUGGACCUGAGGACUGUGGUCAGGAUACCUUCGCAAGACCAACUGAGUCGAUGUGGUCGUGGACAUUCCAGAGCCGCUUCUUUAGGCAAUGCAGAUUGUUACAAAGGAAUACGUCCGCCGGAACUAAACGCGUGGUCAGAUAGCAUGAAAGUUCAAAUUAUUAAGGCACACCAUAAUUGGAUCGCGGUUGCAUACACACACUUCGUUACUGGAUACAGAUUGACAGACUCCUGCGGUUGGUACGUCGUAUUCCAAUCGCCCGUCCAAGACUCCGUGAUAGAGAGGAUAGCGUUGAACGCCAAGACGGGCGGCGGUGCAACCGCCAGCGGAACUAAUACUACUGGGACUGACGUCAUGUUGGGCAUAGCGAGUGGACCUCUAGUGAGAUUGUGGGCGUUUUCUACGCAUAGCGAGCCUGUUAGGAGGACUUUAGUAGGCACAUUCAACCUAGGCGUCCGCGUGGAACACCUACUAUUCGUCGGACCUCAACUAGUGGCUCUGAGCGGAGCGGGCGCCAGAAGCAAGGCCGGCGUAUGGCACACCAGUACACAACACUGGCAGACACAGGACGUGGCACAUCUUAGCACACACGACACCGCCGGCUCGUUCCUGCUACUAGGGACUAACACCGGUGCCAUUAACUACAUAGACAUGCAAAAGUUCCCGUUACGAAUGAAGGACAAUGAUCUCCUUGUCACUCAGUUGUAUAAGGACCCCAAUCAAGAACCCAUUACAGCCAUAUCAGUGUACCUCACCCCUAAGACCAAUUUGUGCGGAAACUGGAUUGAAAUAGCGUAUGGUACUCGAUACGGCUCCGUACGGGUUAUAGUGCAACAUCCAGAAACCGUGGGUCACGGCCCGCAGCUCUUCCAGACCUUCACUGUUCACCAGAGCACUAUCACCAAGGUGUCCCUAUCCGAAAACUACUUAAUAUCCGUGUGCAGCGAAUACAACCACGUGCGCUCCUGGCGCGUGACCCGUUUCCGCGGCAUGAUCUCCACACAGCCCGGCACCACGCCCAAGGCCGCCUUCAAAGUGCUCGCGUUAGAAGCCCCGACAGCCCAGCCUCACAACGACUGCGGACCAUACGGCGAACAGGAUGAGGAACAGAUUUUCAUCCAAAAAGUGGUUCCUGAUACGGACACGCUAUACGUGCGUUUAGCGUCCAAUGGAAAAAGGGUAUGCACCAUCCGCUCAGUGGACGGUUCGGCGGUAUCAUGCUUCACCGUAGCGGAGUGCGAGGGCGCAUUGCGACCGCGUCGAUUACUCCUGUGCGGGCACCGCUCGGGCGCCGCUCAGAUGUGGGACCUCACCGCCGCUAUUGAUAAAGCGGCCAAGCCGGCGAUCUCAGUCGGCAGCAGUAGUGCGGAAGGUGACGACUCCCCGAUCCCCGACGGCGGACCAACAGCCGACGAGCUGGUGCGUCUCCUAUCAGCGUGUGAUCUGGACGCCACGCCGGCGCCACAGCUACUGCCGCCGUCGCCCAAUCGACCGAUACCGUGAGCCUUCUGCGGGGCACUAGCCAGGCUUUGGGACUUGAUACUACCGACUUGAUGCUUCUUCCCACACCUUACUUAUUGACAUAGAAGCAGCUGUAGGGACGUUAAACACAGCUAAGGUCUCACUUCUGCGUAUUGAUGCGUCAUUAGUUAGUGAAAUAAGGUGUGUGAAGCGCUUUUUCAGACUGCAUUUGCGCCGGCAAUGCGAAGCGACGCGGGCUUUUAUUUAGAUUUUAUAGACGGAGCGCCGAUGAGGUUGCCCGUGCAUAAGGGUAAGGGCUUAAGUUGGAGAGGUGUUGUGCAAUGGUACAUAAUAAUUUCUCCUCGACUGGUCGAGUAUGCAAUUUUCUGCCUUGUGAAAUUUUUACAUCAUUCUUAGUGAUAAUCGCUUUGGAAUAGCAAAAAGUAACUUACAGAAUUGUAUAAUUUAUUCUAAAAGCGCCGUGGUAUUGAUAUAUUGUACAUAAAUCAAAAAUGAAUAAAAAGUCCUAUUAGCUCUUUCUGGCUUGUGCUCGUGAUCAUAGCGACGUACGUUCCUUGCAGCUUUACAUUUUAGGGUCCCCCCACAUCUAGCGUCUCGCGAGCGUAGCGUCGGGCCAACUGUAUGGAAAAAGACGCUACGUCGACGUCGCGCCGACGCGGCGUCAGGCUUUGCCAUACAGUUGGCCCGACGCUACGCUCGCGAGACCCUAGAUUUGGGAGGACCCUUAGCUAGGACAUGUAGACUGAAGGUUGCUCUUACCUUGUGAAUACACCAAUAUACCUACGCCGUUAUAUUGAGGAACAAGUUUAUCUUAUGUGGGUGAUGAAUGUGACACAUCUCUUGGGUGACAUGAUAAUCUUCAUCAUGACAUGUCAUCAUCAUAUUUGACAUAUUUCUCAUUGAUUGAACUCUUAAAUAUUAUAAGUGCUUAUAAAGCUAGGUUUUGCUUUCCUUUAAGAUCUCGGAGAUCAUCCCUUUUAAACCAAAUCCAACACGCCGGGACUUUUAUUAUGACUUUGAAAUAUAGGGCACUAGCUUUUGCCCGCGGCUUCGCUCGUGUUAGAAAAAGACAAAAAGUAGCCUAUGUCACUCUCCAUCCCUUCAACUAUCUCCACCUAAAAAAUCACGUCAAUUCGUCGCUCCGUUUUGCCGUGAAAGACGGACAAACAAACAGACACACACACUUUCCCAUUUAUAAUAUUAGUAUGAUAUUUCCUUUUUGCUUAAAAAUGAUGGAGCAGCUUGUUUGAAAUAUUUAGACGAUGUGGCUUUUAAUGUAUAAUUGGAUUAAUUGGCAAUAUAAGACUUGAACGUGCUACUCUGAAAAGAAAUAUCUAAAUAAUUUUCAUAGGCUAUGCGCUUAUAUAAUAGAAUUUGCUAGUGUACGCAUAUUACUGAAUAAGGCCCCAUUUACACAUUGCAUUAAAUUACGCUCUACUAGCUUUGCCGAUAGCCGAUGUGACAUGAGAAACGCCGUACGAAAGGCGACUACGAACAGUGGCUACGCCCUGACGGGUUGCUAGCAGUUGUUAAUACAAUGUAAACGCAGUCACACGAUCGUCAGUCAAUCGAUUGUGAAAUGGGUCUAUAGGAAAGAACGCUUGAAUAGUUCCAUCUGAUGCCAGAAACAUUUUGGCGUCUAGAUGGCCUGUAAAGACUGAUUUCAUUUGUAAGCUCAAUCAUACAAAAUCAAAUUUUUAAACAGAAAAAUAUAUGAAUAUAUUAUUUUUGAAUAUUUAUGUUUUAACUAUUGUAAAUAGGUAUGUUAAAGUUGGGAGUAUAGUAUGACAAAAGUAUAUGAUUAAAAUAAUGUGUAAUUGUUUAAAUAUUUGUUGUUAUAUGGCUAUAUUAGUAUAGAAUUGUGUAUUACUUUGUUAGGGAACAACAUUUUGGGGCACUACCUAAUGUUGAGAGGGUUGCUAUUUUUUUUUUUUUAACGUAUUGUAAUUGCCCUACUUAGUCUCAAAACUUUGAAUAAUUUAAACGUAAAUAUGAAUGCAUCCCACUUCCUACGUAAUAAGAGUAGGUAUGUGCGGAAAGAGAAGAAAUUGUCAAAUGUACGGUACCCAAUACAUACAUUCUCUUUCACCAACAGGCCUGCUCUUAACAGCGUAUAUUCAAAAUCAUAUAUAGGUACAUUAUUGUAGCCCUUUUUUCGGGGUGGUAAUUCUAUAUUUAAAAAAAAUAGAGAUGCCCAGAUUCGGUAGUUUUAUUUAUUUAAUUAUUGUGCCCGACAUUCAAAUGAUGGAAAUAAUUUAUUUGUAUGUUCGUGGUAGCUCUAAGGUCUACCCGCAUUUCGUCAGGUGACAAUCAAAACUGACUAAUUUCAAAAAUCAAACAUGUAAACACAUCGAAGCUAGUGAGUUUUUGCUGUCAUUUAACGAAAUCGGCACACGUACAGUGUUUUAAGGCUUAUUUUAUACAAGUGUAAACUCAGUUAUUAUGUAUAAAAUCAAAUAAAUUAAUUGUUUUAUA